GCCGAGGAAGGAGCACUAUGGAAGUAGUUAAGUGUCCUGAGCACGGGACCUUCUGCUUUUUGAAAACCGGCGUUCGCGAUGGCCCGAAUAAAGGAAAGAGCUUCUUUGUGUGCCGAGCAGACACGUGCGGCUUCGUGCGGGCCACCGAGUAGGUCUCGAGCUGGGCAGGCUUCCCAGUGUCCGCCCGAGCCUCCCGAGGGGAGCUGCCGGUCCCUGGCUGUCCGGCUCUGCGGGGCCCCCUCAGAGUAGUUGUUAAUGCCAAGUCAUCAGGGCGUUUUGGGACGAGGCUCUGCCAGCAUUCCUGCUUCUCAUUGUUUAUUGCAUGAGGACUUUGUGGUAGAGCUUCAGGGUUUGUUUGUACCACAGGGCAAGAAAAAAUACAGAUUAUUCUUCCGAUGCACUAAAAGCAAGGCAGAGGGGAAACGCUGGUGUGGAAGUAUUCCAUGGCAGGAUCCUAAUUCUAAAGAAGAUCCUAUAGCCAAUAAAUCUCAGUAUGCAUCUGAGCCAUUUCCUCAUCCUUCCAGCCUGCCAAGAAACCCAUUCAAAGUGCUUGACAAGAAUCAAAAACCAGCUCUCUGGAAACAGUUUGUCAAAGGGGAAGGGGAGGAAAAUAUGGCUGGUAAGAAGUCAAGGGAAAAGGGAGAUCAGCCCUUGGAUCAAAAGCCCGAAUCUAACUGCUGGGUGGAGAAAGAGGUCUCCUCUGGUCUAGUGAUAAAGAAAAAGCAAUCUGAAGUUCAAGAGAAGCAGCAACAGCAGAGAACAGAGGAAACUAAAGGAAUUACAUACAGACAGCACCUAGGGAAUGAACUGAGAGGACCAUCUGCAUCUCCUCAGAAGUCAGAUGGUGAGAGUAAAGAUGUCCAAAACAAAUCAGAAUCUUCAAGAGAAAAGGAAACCCAACUUUUGCCUCAUAAGUUUCAUGGUCAGAACCCAGGAAGUCAGCCCCAGAAAGGGGAGGCCCUCAGCAAGGGGCACAUCAAGAACUUGGAGGCUAAAGAAGCAAAGGCAAAGGAUGGCCCAGGCAUGCAGACCUUCCAGAAAAGGCUGCCCCAGAGACAUUUCCAGGCACCCUCUGAGACUCAGGGACCUGCUCCUAAAGGACAAGCAGCACCAGGGCUUUCCCUGGGAGAGGGGCGCCAUGCUGCCUCCAGCAGUGGUGAAAGUGAGGAAGAUGAUGUUUCCUGUAUACCAGGAAGCCCCCUGCUCUUUGACUUGACUAUGAAUUCACAGAAAACAGAGAACCUUCAACUUCCUGUUCAAAGUAUGCAAAGAAAAAUAUCUACUGCUUCAGAUGUUUCCAAGAAGGUAGAAUCCUCUGACUCAGCUGCUCAGCGAGUGUACCUUACAACACAACUGAAACAAAAGAAGAGCACAUUGGCAAUGGUGAAUAUCCAGGCUCUUCCAGACAAAGGUGAAAAGUUACUCAAGCAAAUCCAGGGGUUGGAGGAAGCACUCAGUGCUCUUGCCCUCUCCCCCGAGCAAGGAACUAAUGAGAAGAGUAACACUCAAGUACAACAGAGUACCCUCACCAAAAACACUUCUGCCCCUCCUCACGUGGUGUCUUCUGAGCCUCUUCUGGGUCAUGAUCUCCAGCCUCUGGGUCCUGUAAGGCUACAGGCAGACUGCCAGGUCACUGCUGGAAGACUCAGCCAGUGCUCUGGAGGCCCUAGGAACCAAGAUCGCCUUCAUCCAGUAUGGAAAAUAACAAGUGAAGCCAUUGAUGAGCUGCAUCGAUCACUGGAGUCACGUCCUGGUGAAACAGUAGUAGCAGAAGAUCCACCUGGCUUGAAGGUCCCUCUGCUACUACACCAGAAGCAGGCGUUAGCCUGGUUACUAUGGCGGGAAAGUCAAAAGCCACAGGGUGGAAUUCUGGCAGACGAUAUGGGCUUAGGAAAAACCCUGACAAUGAUUGCACUCAUACUAACCCAAAAAAAUCAGGAGAAAAGCCAAAAAAGGGAUGAAAACAUAGCUCUGACAUGGCUUUCUAAAGAUGACUCCUCUGACUUUACUUCCCAUGGAACACUAAUUGUCUGUCCUGCUUCCCUCAUCCAUCAUUGGAAAAAUGAGGUCGAGAAACGUGUGAACAGCAACAAACUAAGAGUCUAUCUCUAUCAUGGGCCACACAGGAAUCUGAACGCAAAAGCCCUCUCUAUGUAUGACGUCGUGAUUACUACUUACAGCCUUCUGGCCAAGGAGAUUCCCACAGUGAAGCAUGAGGGAGAGGUCCCAGGUGCAAACCUCAGUGUGAAGGGCAUCUCAACACCUUUGCUUCAAAUAGUCUGGGCUCGAAUCAUAUUGGAUGAAGCUCAUAAUGUAAAGAAUCCCCGUGUGCAGACAUCCAUUGCUGUGUGUAAGCUGCAAGCUCAUGCCCGUUGGGCUGUCACUGGAACCCCUAUUCAAAACAACUUGUUGGAUAUGUAUUCACUGCUGAAAUUUCUCCGCUGUUCUCCAUUUGAUGAGUUCAAUCUGUGGAAAAGUCAGGUUGACAAUGGUUCAAAGAAAGGAGGAGAACGGUUAAGUAUUUUAACCAAGAGCCUUUUGCUGAGGAGAACAAAGGACCAACUGGACUCUACUGGCAAACCCUUGGUGAGGCUGCCCCAACGUAAAUUUCAGUUGCACCAUUUAAAGCUUUCUGAAGAUGAAGAGCUGGUUUAUAGUGUCUUUUUUGCAAGAUCAAGGUGUGCUCUGCAGUCCUAUCUAAAAAGAUAUGAAAGUGGAAACAACCAAUCUGGAAGAAGCCCUGAUAAUCCAUUCAGCAGAGUGGCACAGGAGUUUGGGUCCAGUGGGCCUGGGCAGACCAUGGCAGCAGACUCACAGAGAUCCAGCACCGUUCACAUACUGUCCCAGUUGCUGAGACUCCGUCAGUGUUGCUGCCAUCUUUCUUUACUGAAGUCGGCCCUGGACCCUACAGAACUGAAGAGCGAAGGCCUUGUCCUGUCCCUGGAGGAACAGCUCAGUGCUUUGACCUUGUCCGAACUCCAUGACUCAGAACCAUCUCGUGCUGUUUCCCUUAAUGGUACAUCCUUCAAGGUGGAACUUUUUGAAGACACACAAGUGAGCACCAAGAUAUCAUCUCUGUUGGCAGAGUUGGAGGCAAUCCGAAGAAAUUCAGAGUCCCAAAAGAGUGUCAUUGUCUCUCAGUGGACCAACAUGCUGAAAGUUGUAGCACUGCAUCUUAAGAAGCACGGAUUGACUUAUGCCACUAUUGAUGGCUCCGUCAACCCCAAACAGAGAAUGGACUUGGUGGAGGCAUUUAACCACUCCAGAGGCCCUCAGGUUAUGCUAAUCUCUCUCUUGGCUGGAGGUGUUGGUCUAAACCUGACUGGAGGAAAUCAUCUUUUUCUUCUGGAUAUGCACUGGAAUCCAUCACUUGAAGAUCAGGCUUGUGACCGAAUUUACCGAGUAGGACAGCAGAAAGAUGUUGUCAUACACAGGUUCGUUUGUGAAGGAACAGUGGAAGAGAAGAUCUUACAGCUCCAGGAAAAAAAGAAAGAUCUGGCCAAACAGGUUCUAUCUGGAUCUGGAGAAUCUGUCACCAAGCUCACCUUGGCUGACCUCAAAAUCCUUUUUGGCAUCUAAGCUCCUAUCUAUAGGGUGCAGAACAGUGCCAUUGCUGGUGUGGUGGAGUCCAGGACUAAAACCCUAGCAUGAUCCCUGAGCCCUGUUCUUGCAUUCCUUUUCACCUUCAAGCCUUAACUUUCUCCUCUCAAAAUGAGGAAUAAUCUUGUCCCUAGAAUUGAGGAUGGGUUAUCAUAUUCAACAAUUAGCAAUCAUGUUAAUCAAUCAGCUUAUUUAAGGAAAGACACAGAAACUAAUUGUUUUUUUCAAAUGAAAGAAAAUGCCUUGGAGUUAGAUGGUUUCAGAAGGCAUCUCUGACAGAAUUAGAUUUAAAUUUCAUUAAAGCUCAAAAAACUCUGUGUUGCUUUUCUGUCCCGACCUUUUGGAGAAAGCAGUAUUACCAUCCCUGACACAGACUCCACCCAUCUUUCCAUUUCUUCAUGCUGGUGAGGCCGCUCCUGUGAGCAUCCCUCUGGGGUGAGCAGUCGAUCCCUCUGGCCAGCCAUUCUCUGCAGCUGUUGCAGUCCAGGCAGGUCUUCCUCCCAGGACUAAUGUCAGGGAGGUGCUUUGCACAUAAAUAGAUGUUAAGUAUCUGUAUUAUUUAGCAUCAGCAUGUCAUUUGGUAUUUACAUUAUUGUUUCAUCUAGUAGUGUAUCAAUAUCAAAUGUCUGUCAUUUAGGUUUUGUUGUUUUUGGUGCUAGGGAUUGAACCCAGGUGUGCUCUACCACUGAACUACACCCUUAGUCCUUUUUGUUUUUAAUUUUGAGAUAGGGUCUGAGGCUGAGGCUGGCCUUGAACUUGGGGUCCUUCUGCCUCAGCCUCCCUUGUUACUGAAAUUAAAGGCACAUGCCACCAUGCCUAUCUUGUCAUUUAGUUUUGGUUAUCACCAUAUCAUUUAGUAUUUGUAUCAUUUGGUGUCACUGAUUAUUUCUAUCAUGUACUAAUUGUCUUAUAUAAUUCAAUGUUUGUAUCAUUUUUGCAGUUUGUGUUUUUCCAAAUUUACAUUAUAGCAAUUUACAUUGUAGCAUUUUAGUAUAGUCAUUUAGUAUUUGUACCAGUAUAUCAUUCCAUAUUUGUGUUAUUAUUGAUGUAGUCUAACAAAUAUGUGAUAGUGUAGCAGAGGUAUUGCUGUAUGUUCACCAAACCUCAUUUCCUUUUCCUCUGAGCACCCAGAGAGACUAUACUUGACAGUCUUGACUGAAGUUAGGGCCCAUAUUACUGAGUUCUGGUCAGCAGACUGUGGAGAGAAGUGCUGUAAUUAAGGCAUUUCUCAGCUGGCUCUACAACUUUCCACGUGGCUCUUCAUGCUGUUUCUUCUCUCCUUGGCCUACUAUGGAAGACUUCAAGGCCAUAGGAAAUGACAAAGCCAUGAGUUCAGUGGCUGCUAACCUAGUUUAGGCCACAGACCCUUUUGUCAGACUUGAUCCUUGAUUGACUCCGUAAAACAAAACCUUCCCCGUGUGCAUCUCCUUCCUUAUUUUGCUUACCUACAUUAGACUAUGGUUUAAUCAAGAUGUAAUUCUUUGAAGCCACUGAGAUUUGGGAGUGUUUAUAUAGCAGUACCCUGACUAUAAAAACACUUGAAACUUAUUCUUCAGAAAAGUGUUCAGAUUUCCUUCUUUCCAUUAGUAAUCAUUCCUAAAAUCUUACUCUGCUAAUUUCUGCCAGAAAGAAUCAAGUGUAGUUCUUCCUAGACAGAAAUAGUUCCUCAAAGUUGGAUAAUGAAACAAAACCUGAUGUUAACCAGACAUAGUAUAGACUGAGACACCGGAGUAUUUUUAAGUAAAGUUUCCCUCUAAGGACCAGAUAUUAAAGGCUUAUAAAUAUAAUGUGGCCCUGGUAGGAAGAGUUCUGGUCUGGACCUUUUGACUUAAUUCUAAUUCUAGUUUCACUUUAGCUAGGUUACCUGGCCAGUGUUGGAGACUCAGGGUGCGCCUCCUGGAGCACACUCCAUCUUCCACCCUCAUGUUCAUGCCUUUCUCAGAGGCCACAACGUGGGUACUUUCCUGAGCUUUGAGGGGAACUGGGACUGACAAGCCUUCUGUGCCCUGUCAUUUUGUGCCUGGCUUUUGGUAUCCUGGUUAUUUCUGCUUCAUGUCCUAGUGACUUGAGCACUCAUUAUCCAAGACAAAGUAAGACAUCCAGGACAGGGAUGAGGACCCUAGAUCCCGGCCAGGGGAGUUGGGUGCCAACAUUGACUGGGCACAGAGCAGGCCCUGAGGGGUAUCCCUGGCCUGACUUCAUCUUGGUGUCAGUGGGAGCCCCAGGCAUAUCCCUGCACAGAAUAGCCACCUUACUGUGUAUUUUCCUGGAUGCAGGACUCCUCAGUGUUUUUAGGCCAUAAAUGUCAAGAAAAAGAGAACCCUAACAAAAAAUAGCAGAGGGAUUGUAUUAGAUAAGUCUGUGACGACAUUCUGGAUGUGAUGCAUCUAAGGAAGGUAAUGAUGGACUCUGAGAGCUGAUGGUCUUUGUGCACUGUGAAGGUGACCAAUCCUAAGUGACCUUCUCCCUAAGUGACUCUUCUCCCUGCUUGGUGAGGUUAUUUUCCUUGAGACUCAAAUGGUGCCACCCUCUGGUGAACUUUCUUAGCGUCCAUCAACGGCAGGGAACUGUUUUUUUUCCAGACGCCUAUUUUUUAAUCC